UGCCGCGGGGACCCGUUAGAGCGGAAGCGCCGCCGCCGCCGCUGCCGCCGCCUGAGCUGUUCCGAGGCUCCCGGCAGGUGAAGGCGGGAACCAUGUCGAAGCGGCUCCGGAGCAGCGACGUGUGCGCUGAUUGCAGCGGGCCGGAUCCUUCCUGGGCAUCAGUAAAUCGGGGAACAUUUAUAUGUGACGAGUGUUGCAGUGUCCACCGGAGUCUAGGGCGUCACAUCUCCCAAGUAAGGCAUCUUAAGCACACACCAUGGCCGCCAACACUGCUUCAGAUGGUUGAGACCUUGUAUAACAACGGUGCUAAUUCUAUAUGGGAACAUUCUUUGCUGGACCCUGCCUCCAUUAUGAGUGGAAGACGUAAGGCUAAUCCGCAGGAUAAAGUACACCCCAAUAAAGCCGAAUUCAUCAGAGCCAAGUAUCAGAUGCUGGCGUUUGUCCACCGCCUGCCCUGCCGGGAUGACGAUAGUGUGACCGCAAAAGACCUGAGCAAGCAACUUCAUUCAAGUGUGAGAACAGGGAAUCUUGAAACCUGUUUGAGACUGUUAUCUUUAGGAGCCCAAGCCAACUUCUUUCAUCCUGAAAAAGGAAGUACCCCACUUCAUGUCGCAUCCAAAGCGGGACAGAUCUUGCAGGCUGAAUUAUUGGCAGUAUAUGGAGCUGACCCAGGCACACAGGAUUCUAGUGGGAAAACUCCUGUUGACUAUGCAAGGCAAGGAGGGCACCAUGAGCUGGCAGAACGCCUUGUAGAAAUACAGUAUGAGCUGACUGAUAGACUGGCCUUUUAUCUGUGUGGCAGGAAACCAGAUCAUAAAAGUGGACAGCAUUUUAUAAUACCUCAAAUGGCAGACAGACGGCUCAGCCUGGAUCUGUCUGAGUUGGCAAAAGCUGCUAAGAAGAAACUUCAGUCUCUAAGUAAUCAUUUGUUUGAAGAACUUGCCAUGGAUGUGUACGAUGAAGUUGACAGGCGAGAGACUGAUGCAGUCUGGCUUGCCACGCAAAACCACAGCACCUUGGUAACUGAGACAACCGUCGUCCCCUUUCUUCCGGUCAAUCCUGAGUACUCAUCAACACGCAAUCAGGGCAGACAGAAAUUAGCUCGGUUUAAUGCCCAUGAAUUUGCUACGCUGGUCAUCGACAUUCUCAGUGAUGCCAAGAGGAGACAACAAGGGAGUCCACUCUCUAGUUCAAAAGACAAUGUGGAGCUCAUACUGAAAGCCGUCAAUAACCAGCACAGUGUUGAGAGUCAGGACAACGACCAGCCAGACUAUGACAGUGUGGCAUCAGAUGAAGACACUGAUGUGGAAACCAAAGCCAGCAAGGCAAACCGGCAGAAGAGCCUAGAUUCAGAUUUAUCAGAUGGACCAGUCACUGUGCAGGAAUUUAUGGAGGUCAAAAACGCCCUAGUGGCUUCUGAGACCAAGAUACAACAGCUAAUGAAGGUGAAUAACAACUUGAGUGGCGAGCUGAGAAUUAUGCAGAAAAAGCUUCAAACACUCCAGAGUGAGAAUUCGAACCUCAGAAAACAGGCCACAGCCAAUGUCUAUCAGGUGCAGACUGGUUCUGAGUACCCAGACACUUCCAGCCACUCUUCCUUAAAGCGACGUCCAUCUGCUCGGGGCAGCAGGCCCAUGUCCAUGUACGAGACAGGAUCAGGUCAGAAACCGUAUCUCCCGAUGGGAGAAGCAAACCACCCUGAGGAGAGCAGGACGAGACUGCAGCCCUUCCCUGCACACAUUGGGAGGAGUGCGCUUGUGACCUCCUCUUCGUCUCUGCCUUCCUUCCCCUCCACACUUUCCUGGUCCAGGGACGAAAGCACCCGAAGGGCUUCCAGGCUAGAGAAGCAGAACAGCACACCCGAGAGUGACUAUGACAACACUCCCAACGACAUCGAGCCAGAUGACAUAGGGUCAAGCCGGAAGGGAAGGCAAAGGAGUGUGAUGUGGCCAGGCGAUGGCUCAGUACCGGACCCAGCAGAGCCCCAUGGUACCCCGAGCCCCACGCUCCCAAGCACCGAAGACGUCAUCCGAAAGACUGAACAGAUUACCAAAAACAUACAGGAGCUCCUAAGAGCAGCCCAGGAAAAUAAACAUGACAGUUACAUUCCCUGCUCAGAAAGGAUACACAUAGCUGUUACAGAAAUGGCAGCACUGUUCCCCAAGAAGCCCAGAUCUGACAUGGUGAGGACUUCCCUUCGUUUACUGACAUCCAGUGCCUACCGGCUCCAGUCUGAGUGCAGGAAGGCUCUCCCUGGGGAGUCCGGCUCGCCCACAGACGUACAGCUGGUCACCCAACAGGUCAUUCAGUGUGCAUACGACAUCGCCAAGGCCGCCAAGCAGCUGGUCACCAUCACCACCAAAGAGAACAACAACUGAGCUGCAGAGCACUGCCCCUUCUGCUUUCCAGCCUUUUUAAAGUGCAGAUUUAGACAUGGAACCCUGCAGAUUUUUAAAAGAACAAUGAUGAUUUAAAACUUUUUAAAAGAAAAUUCAGUAUUAUUUUUGCAUGUUUUCUAACAGUACUUUAACCCACUUGCCUUAUUCUGUGCGUGUUUGCCAGUUUAGUUUCGGCUGCCCUGUCGUGUCGUCAGUGUGUUUGGUCAUGUUGUCUACAUUCAAAAGUAGUUUCAUUGUUCAAAGUCUGUUGAACUUUUCCAUGUUUUAGAACUCUGCCUGUGGGUAAAACUAUAUGAUAUUUUUAGUAAAACAUUUUCUUAAGAGAGUUGGAUUUAAAAAAAAAUUAACGUUAUCUGUUCCUUACCAAGCAUUGUGCAAUAAGUAAAUUUUCCAACCUACUGCGAAAUAUCUUAAACGUUUGGGGUAUCUCCAAGCAUGUAUGUAGAGAAAGAACUUUGCCACUUUUUAAAAAUAAUGUACCAGCCUCUUGGGAGGAAACAAGGAAUUACUCCCAUUUGUAACUGUUCUAUCAUGUUAGAUGUUAUUUAAUGUUUUCAUCUUGAUUUUCUAUCUCUUUAUAUAUAUAUAAAAAAAAAGAUUUUAACCAUCAUCCUGAAGUCUCCACGGAGUCUGAUAAGGCAUGAAAGCUUCCACCCUCCACAUCAUGUUAUAUUUGGUCAUGUUCAGGGCAGGAGCCCCAUUGUCACCUGUCACCCACUGUCAGGGACUCUGCCAUCCCUCUUCAUAGCAUGUGGCAAAGAGAAGCAUGAGCCUCACAAGCCACAGCGGGGUCUGUGCCGCCCACUCAGACAUCCCUCACUGCCGCCGCUUUGUGUCUUCCAUCCAAAACAACCUCACGUGAACUGUCUGGCGCGUCGUCCAUGAGGACUCACUUCUAAGGUAAGAUGCAGUCAUCUUGAGUCAGGCUGUCCCUUACCGCACCGGUACUUAGAAGCUGAACACGAGCUUUCCAAAAUUUCUGGGCUGGGGGUAACUCAGUGGUGGGUGUGUGGCCAGUAUGUCUAGUACCCAUAGGCCCGGGCUCCAUCCCUGGCACCACAGGAAGGAUUUGCAGUGUCCUUUGACUGACUGCAACUCUCCCAACGCUUUCAAACUGGAGGAUGAAGCCUGGGCUGUCUUGGAACUGUUUUUACAUUACUCAAAGCCCUCCCCUUGUUCUGAAUGCUAAAGCACAUUCCUGCCCCUGCUUAUUACAUCGGUUUCGUGUGGGUGUAGCUCACCCCAACCUGGCGGAGCAGGUACUGUGCGUGUGCGUGGAUGAUGGGAGCCAGGUGUGCAGCAGAGGCACGGAAGAGGGCAACUAUGUGCCCCUGGCACUCUGCAAGGACAGCAGCUCUCCCUCCACUCCUCUUGCUCUGGUGGAAAACAGGCCCGGGAUUGUCAGAGCUUUGAUUUCUCAAAAUGCCAGAAAUUGGAAAUUUUAAAAAUAUAUUUCGUCAUUAUUAGUUUGGUGCCAUCUCUAUUUAGAAAUGUUGGCACUCAAUGCAGAUGUGUCUCCAAAACAGGCAGAGGUGAGCUGUGGUCUAUAGGUUGCCACCUAGCCUUUGCCGAGGCCUGUAAAGUGCAGCGUGAGAGCCUGGCUUCCUUGGCCACCAGGAGAAGCCUCUGAGCUGGACCUGGAAGGCAGCUGUCACCCUCUGAAGUUGCCCUAAGUCCUCUUUCCCCAUAUGUUCUGUCCCCAUAGUGGUCAUUCGUGAGGAAGUCCAAUUAAUCGAUGUACAAGUUGCCUCCCUGCGUGCUAAGCCUCUGUUUUCAUAGAACUGCUUCCUACUCGCCUUUAUAGCUUGACCGAAAGCUGUCCUGGGAGUCGCGCCCCCACUGUCAGGUUUACUGGUCAGGGUGUGUGCGUGGUUUUGUCAGGUUUACUGCACUGAGUAGUAUGGGAAAGGGGUCCACAUCUCCAAGUCUUGUCCACUUACCUGUCUACACAGUCCUUAAGUGCCACGUCACUACUGGAUGCCUAGGAGAUGCCUCUCAAAAGGGCUUUCCUACCUUAAGCUCAAACAUUGUCCAAUAACCUUUUCUGCAUGCAUCAUGGACUCCAUUGCCCUUCCUGAAAGCCCAGUAGCACUCCUGAGCUGGCUGUCUUGGUACCAGGGACGACAGGCCUCCUUAGAGGCUUCUGGGAAGAGAGUUGCUUGUAAGAAGUGAAGCAGUGUUUUCCCGUGAACACUCGAGGACCUGCAUGAGGACAUUUAUGCCACCCUAGAGAAGGUCAAGGAACGUGGGGACUAAAAGUGUUUUCUAGCUGUGCUCAGUUAACUCGCAGAGCCGACUUUUGGGCAGAAGCUCCAGGGAGAAGGGCCAGGCAGCAACAGCAAGGCCACAAGUUUCUUAAGUGCCCUCACGGGGACUCGUACGAGAACCGGGCACAGACAUACCACUGCUGUCAGUAAAUGCACCUUUUUAGAACAUUGGUCCUGGCCACCUUUGCACACAGGUCCCAUGGCCUUGCACAAGUCAGCUCUUCAUCCUGUCAGGCUGUUUGCUCCCUCAUUCUUGAUUUUGCCCCCCUGCCUGCGUGUCCCACCAGCCUGCAGUUGAGAGCACAGGGGCCCCUUGUGACCUGGGACUGCACUUGAAAAGAAGGAAGUUGCUCCGCUCACAGAAACCACCACCGCCUCAGAACACAGAUAAGUUCUUACUUGCCAAAGAACAAUGGAUCAGGCCCAAAGAUCAAGUGCAGUGUUUCAUGCGAUUGGACCUGCAAGCGCACAACUCAGGAGCUGCAACCUUGUUCCCCAAGUGACUUGAAACGAGCAUGUUUUCAUCCUGGACAGCACCUGUGAGCCUCCUCGUGGUCUCGUCUCCUUUUCUUCCUCGUCCUGGUUGAACAUAAGCCUUGUUCUUACAAAAGAAAUGCUGCAUAGUAAAAAUGAGAUGCCUUUUACUCGAGUGUUUCUCUGUGUCACUCAUUAUCCUGUGCUUAGUUCUCGUUUUUAUUAUAUAUACUAUCCCUGUAAUUAUUGUACCCUUCAUGUGUUGUAAAACCGUUUUGGAAUUUGUGCCUGCUAGUUAUGCAAUAAACAGUCUCGUUAAGUGUC